CUGAACUCGGCAAAAGCAUUUUAGAGGAAAGAGUGCUCUCUAGUCGUCAUCGUCAUUAUUGGUUCAACUCCAAUCAAAAACGGCUUCCAAAUUGCACGAGGUACGCUCUGCAGAAUGAAUAUCAGCAUGGGUGCCAAAAAUAAGAAGCGAGUGGUACUUCCAAGUCGACCAGAUCCGCCCACUGUAGAGCAAAUUCUUGAGGACAUCAACAGAGCCUUUUCGAAUGAUCCAGUCUUCAACGUCCUGGAAGAUGGCAACCAAGAUGCCAAGAGGGGGUCCUCAGACAAUGAAGCAGAGACAAAGUACCUUCAGAGCCGAAGGUACUUGGAGAUGAACGAGCGGCUUCAGGAGGUUAGAGGUGAACUUGUACAGCAGAGGGAGGAACUGCGGGUGGCAAAAGAGCAGUUGGAGAUCAGUGUGGCCGAGGUCAAAGGGAGAGCCCUCUGACCAGUCUUCCCUCACAAAGCAGGGCUGGGGGAGCACAUUACCUCAGCUUAAACAGAUGAAUCAGGAAUUAACUUGGCUUCCUUGAGUCAUGCCACCUCAAUCUCGCAGAGGAGGGUCUCAUAGCAGAAAAUAGAAAUUGGACACAACAGAUUGUUGUUCCGAAUCAUUGUUGGAGUUUAAAAUUGUCUCCAUAAAUUGGUGUGACUUUUCACGAAAUGUUAAAGCAAAUGAGUUAUGUGUAUUGUCUACAUGUUCUGUAAUGACAAUUAAUAAAAUUAUUUGUGAACAAAUAUAA